UGUUGUUGAGAUCAGAGCUCUGUGUGAGUUUCUCUUCCUUAUAACUGAAACUACUCUGUCACUGACACUGAGAGGAAAAAUGGCACAGAAAGGAGUUCAGCUGAACAAAGAAACAAUUUCUUGUUCCAUCUGUUUGGAUCUACUGAAGGAUCCAGUGGCUAUUCCCUGUGGACACAGCUACUGCAUGAACUGUAUUAAAAGUUUCUGGGAUCAAGAGGACAGGAAGGGAAUCCACAGCUGCCCUCAGUGCAGGAAGACUUUCACACCGAGGCCUGUCCUGGUGAAAAAUGUCAUGUUAGCAGCUUUAGUGGAGCAGCUGAAGAAGACUGGACUCCAAGCUGCUCCAGCUGAUCACUGCUAUGCUGGACCUGAAGAUGUGGCCUGUGAUGUCUGCACUGGGAGGAAGCUGAAAGCCAUCAAGUCCUGUUUAGUCUGUUUAAUUUCUUACUGUGAGAAACACCUCCAACCUCACUAUGAUGCAGCUCCAUUAAAGAAACACAAGCUGGUGGCCCCCUCCAAGAAGCUCCAGGAGAACAUCUGCUCUCGUCAUGAUGAGGUGAUGAAGAUUUUCUGUCGUACUGAUCAGCAGAGUAUCUGUUAUCUCUGCACAGUGGAUGAACAUAAAGGCCAUGAAACAGUCCCAGCUGCAGCAGAAAGGACUGAGAAGCAGAAGGAGCUCGAGGUGAGACGACUAAACAUCCAGCAGAGAAUCCAGGAGCGAGAGAAAGAUGUGAAGCUGCUUCAACAGGAGGUGGAGGCCAUCAAUGGCUCUGCUGAUAAAGCAGUGGAGGACAGUGAGAAGAUGUUCACUGAGCUGAUCCGUCUCAUCCAGAAAAGAAGCUCUGAUGUGAAGCAGCAGGUCAGAUCCCAGCAGGAAACUGAAGUGAGUCGAGUCAAAGAGCUUCAGGAGAAGCUGGAGCAGGAGAUCGCUGAGCUGAAGAGGAAAGAUGGCGAGCUGGAGCAGCUCUCACACACAGAGGAUCACAACCAGUUUCUACACAACUACCCCUCACUGUCAGCACUCAGUGAGUCUACACACUCAUCCAGCAUCAAUAUUCGUCCUCUGAGGUACUUUGAGGAUGUGACAGCAGCUGUGUCAGAGACCAGAGAUAAACUACAGGACAUUCUGAGAGAGGAAUGGACAAACAUCUCACUGACAGUCACUGAAGAGGAUGUUUUACUGUCACCACCAGAGCCAAAGACCAGAGCUGGAUUCUUAAAAUAUUCACAUGAAAUCACACUGGAUCCAAACACAGCAAACAGAUAUCUGUCAUUAUCUGAGGGGAAAAGAAAAACAAAAGUAAUGAAACAGAAAGUGUCUUAUUCUGAUCAUCCGGACAGAUUCGCAUAUUAUUGGCAGGUCCUGAGUAGAGAGAGUCUGACUGGAUGUUAUUACUGGGAGGUGGAGUGGAGAGGAAAAGCGGUUUACGUAGCAGUCGCAUACAAGAAUAUCAGCAGAGCAGGGCGCUCAGAUGAAUGCAAAUUUGGAUACAAUGACAAAUCUUGGGCAUUACGUUGUGAAAAGGAGAGAUGCAAAUUUUUCCACAAUAAUGUCCACACUGAUCUCUCAGGUCCUCGGUCCUCCAGAGUAGGAGUGUACCUGGAUCACAGAGCAGGUAUUCUGUCUUUCUACAGCGUCUCUGAAACCAUGACUCUCCUCCACAGAGUCCAGACCACAUUCACUCAGCCGCUCUAUGCUGGACUUUGGCUUCAUGGAGAUGGAGACACUGCAGAGUUGAUUAAACUGAAAUAGACAGAAGUCAUUGCCAGAAAGUUGCUGAAAACAUGCUUUAGUUUCCAGUUUCCUUGGUCUCUUGUUCACACAGAGAUCACGUCAGUCACACUUUAUCUUUGCUACUUUGACAUCUUAUUAUUUAUUAUCUAGUUAAUGACUGACUUUGUUUGAGGGGCCCUCCAUCUUAUGUCUGUUUAGCCUCCAUGACUUUAGCUGUUGAGGUUGUCACUGUUCAUGAUGAUUUUCAUUCAGCUAAACUGAUGUUCAUGUUCAUGAAAAUUUAUGUUUCUGUGCUAUAAAUGUUUCGUGACUAUUUUUUUAAGAUGUCAUUGGUUUCAUGUUUGAAGAAAAAGCAGUGACGGACAUUAGACAACUGUAAAAAUGGGAAGCAGUUUGUUCGCACUAAUCAAAACAGCUACCAUCUUCAUCUCAUGCGGCCCCCCUGGCGCCAGCUGGUUGCUCAAGGCAAAAGCUGACAGGAAUAACAAAAUUCUCCUUUAGAUAACAAGACUGUGUUGUGACUUUCUCCCUCCUCAUUCAAGGCCACCCGCGUCGACCGAAGACUGUCGACUUUUGCCUAAUCAGGUGAAGGGACACUUUCUCUCGGUUGAACACGGAACACACACACACUCACGCUCACACAUACGCAUGUACACUGACACAGACCUACACUCACCCCCCACCCCUUCCAGACGCCUUCAAAGCUUAUGUCUUCUAUGUUGUGAGAUGUGCUGAUUCAUGUGCUGAGGUGUUUUUUUCUCUGUUCUCAAACUGAUCUCCCUGUUGGAGCUCAGUCUGGGGGAGUUAUUUUUUCUCCUUGUUUUUCCUCAUGUUGUGCAUUUUCCAUUUAUACCUC